AUGCAUCUCCAAGAGGCUUUGGUAGUGGAGAUACUAUCUAGGGUUCCUGCUGUAUCUCUGGCACGAUUGAGAUUGACAUCCCGAAGAUGGAACGCUCUGGUCAAAGAUGGGAGACUUGCUAGUAAACAUUCUGCUUAUGCUCCAAGGCAGCCUCCUCUGUUAAUCAUGUUGAUUGAUUUUAGGGUUUAUUUAGUGAGCGUUGAUCUCCAUAGAGUCGACAAGAAGAAUGUUCCAUCUGCCAAGGUAACAUGUCACAUCAGCCUAAAAGAUCCUCUUUCUAAAAACUCUUCAGAAGAACCUCUUUCUAAUAACUCUUCAAAAGAAGUUGAUAUAUGUAACGUCUUUCACUGCAACGGGUUGUUGCUAUGCACCACCAAGGACAACAGACUAGUUGUUUGGAAUCCAUGUACAGGUGAAACCAGGUGGAUCGUCCAACCCAUGCUUAGCUACGAGGGAAUCAACCACUAUGCUCUCGGUUACGAUUACGAAUCCUCCUGUUACAAAAUCUUGAGGAUGUAUCCUGGUCGUGUCCCAACUCAAACUAAGUACCAAGUCUAUGACUUUACCUCCAAAUUGUGGGAGAACAUUGGUGAGACUGGAAGCUGGUCAAUACCACGGAUUCAGAGUCUUGGCAUAUCUGUGAAGGGAAGUACUUACUGGCUUGCUUAUUGUCGACGAGAACUAGGUGUUUUCUUACUAAAUUUUGAUUUUUCAACGGAGAGAUUCCAAAGUCUGUCUCUUCCCGAGGAUGCUCCUCGUUCUUAUUUUGAUCUGGCUUUAUCAGUGACUAGAUCAGAAGAGCAACAACUUUGUUUGCUUGCUGUUUGGAGCUCUGAGGUAUGGAUAGCGACAAAGAUGGAGAGUGCCGGAGAUAUUUCAUGGAGCAAGUUCCUAACAGUGUCUAAAUUCGAUCUCCGAUGCCAUUCUCGGGGUUGUAUUGGGAUGAGUACUAGUUUCUUGGUCGACCAGGAGAACAAAGUUGUAGUGUCUUGUAAUAACUCCGUGUUCUCCAAAAACUUUAUACAGAUUGUGGGAAAGGAUAAAUACAUACACGAGGAUGAUCAAAAUGGUGCAAAGUCUCCUACCACACGUCUCCUCACUUAUGUUCCAGGUUUGGCUCAAAUCCAACAAGGUAUCUCUCUUGAUAAACGAAGCAUAGCUGUAGGCAUCACAGAGAAGCAUUCUGAAACCACCAAGACGGUUCUCUUUGGCGAAAUCGUUCAGUUAUUUAGACGCUAUGGUAAAAACCGAUGGACUGAAUUUUUUAAACCUCACUAG